UCUGUCUCACAUUUUGCCGUAGAAAUAUCUACAUAAAAGCGCUGUUAUCCAAUUAGUAUAAUCCAGAUGUGAUCAAAUGCGAUGCGCAAUAAUACAUCUCGCGGCUGUUUCUGGUCGUAUACAAUAUACAACGGGAAGCUGUGUGUACAUUACACACACCCAGCGGAUGCUAUUAAGUUCAGUUCCGGUAACCCCCGAAACUCAAAUUACAACCUCCACUUGGCCCUUCGUGUGCCGUUCAGGGUGGAAUCGCGUAUCGAGCGACGAUUGAGUCCCCUUCUCUUCACUAGGAAGUUUUCGCCAAGUAAAAUGGCUAAAGAACUUCCAACGACUCAGCCAACAGGGAACUUCUCCACGGUCGUUCACGAAUCGAUCUCAUCCUUUCAGUACGUCCUGCUGAUGUCGGAGGCCGUUGUCGUCCUGGCGGGUGACAACGUUCUAACUCGCUGCCUGUCGCGCCAAGCCAGCAAACACCUGCACUGGAUUCUGCAAGCGAUCGGGCUGAUUUUCAACCUAAUCGGCGUGGGCCUGAUGUACGAUGCCAAACGGAAUCACAACCAUUUUCAGUCGAUCCACGCCAUUACGGGGCUCUCCUCGCUAGUGAUCGUGUGCGUCGUAACAAUUUUCGGAUAUCCGGUGUGGAUCGCGUGGAAACUUCGCAAGCUCGUGCGACCGGUGACCGUCAAGCUCCUCCACAAUUUUCUGGGCACUGCCGGAUUCGUCAUUGGUAUGGUGUCACAGUGUUACGGCUACAAGAAGAACUGGUUGCACUACGUGACGGGAGUAGAACACUCCGACAUGGUCGCACUUGUUCUUACGGCGCUGAUCACGAUACUAUCCCUGAGGAGCGCGCUCGUUUCUCUGGGCAGGCAGGUCGUUGCUGCCUUGAAUUAG